AUGGCGUCGCUAGCUCCCCAGCAUUAUCCUGACCACCCUCAAUUUUCAGACUUCAUGAAGCCUUGCCGAUUUGAGGGAGAGGUACAAAACUUAGAGGUGCACGGAAAUCUCCCCAAUGACAUCGAUGGUACUUUUUACCGGGUCAUGCCUGAUCCUCAGUUGCCACCUUUCAUUGACAAUGAUCCAUGGUUCAAUGGAGAUGGUAAUGUCAGCGCGUUUCGCAUCAAGGAUGGAUCUGUGAGCUUCCAGCAAAGAUAUGUUCGCACCGAGAAGUUUGUUCGCGAGAGGGAAGCUGGCCGCGCGCUCCUUGGAAAAUAUCGGAACAAGUUUACCGAUGCAGUAGAAUUCGCCGUUAGGAGUACUGCCAAUACCAAUAUUGUCAGCUUCAACUCCCAGCUCUUGGCUCUCAAGGAGGAUUCCCCGCCGUAUGCGAUGGAUCCAGAGACUCUGGAAACAAAGGGCUUGUAUACAUUUGAGGGCCAGCUGCCCAGCUUGACUUUCACUGCCCAUCCCAAGACUGAUCCAGCCACUGGAGAACUGAUCUGUUUCGGGUACGAAGCUAAGGGAGACGGAAGCCCUGAUAUUUGCUAUUACACUAUUGGCCCCGAUGUGACGGAGAACUGGUUAUGUGAUCUUGAAAGAAUGAAGCAGGGUGGAGAACACUGGCAAUGGAGCCCUGAGACUCCCUUCUAUAUCGGAGUGAUCCCCCGCCACGGAGCUAAAACUUCCGAUGUCAAGUGGUUCACAUACAAGAACUCAUUCCCUGGACACACGGCCAAUGCCUAUGAGCAAGACGACGGCAAGAUUCUCUUCGAUCUGGGGCUCAGUGACAAGAAUGUGUUCUACUGGUGGCCCGAUGCUCAGGGCAACUCGCCCGAUCCUAGCAAGCUUCACUCCCAGUUAACACGAUUUACGGUGGACCCUAAAGCGGAAGAAAAAAGGCUUCCCGAGCCACAGGUUUUGCAUGGUGGAAACUCGGAAUUUUAUCGCAUUGAUGAUCGGUUCAUGGGAAGAAAGUAUAGCCACAGCUAUUUCGACUUAAUGGACCCCAGCUUAGGGACGGACUUUGCAGCCAUCGGCCCGGUUAUGGGCGGUGGGUAUCCUCCUUAUAAUUCGCUGGCACACCACGACGAAAGCACCGGCAAAACGGAGGUUUACUUCCCUGGAUGCACACAUCUCGUUCAGGAACCAGUUUUCAUCCCUCGAGUAGGGUCUACGGAGGAAGGCGAUGGGUAUCUGAUGGCAUUGGUCAACAACUAUCGCACCCUAUCCAGUGAGCUGCAUCUUCUGGAUUGUCAGGACUUCACCAAGGCCCGAGCCAUUAUCUUGCUUCCUUUGAGACUCAGGGCUGGCCUCCAUGGGAACUGGGUUGACAAGAACUAG